UUUCUAGUGAAAGAAAAGGCGUCCGUGGUUAAGAAUAAAUACAAAUAACGAGUGAAAAUGACUAAAACAAGUGUAUAAUAAUAACAACAAUAGAUAAAAACACAGCUAUGCAUCAGUUUACGACAAGUGGUUUCAAAACUUGUAUCACUGCAAAAAUCUUUUUAAUGAACCCAAAUCAAUCUACAAGUUGUUUCAACUAAGGAGCAUUUGUAAAGCAAUGUCAGAUAACAUAAUGCUAAAUGACCACCCCUAUCUACCAAUAAUGGAGGAUCCGAACGCGGCCGAAAAAGUACUCCUGACACCACAAGAUGUUGAGUCUUUGAACCAAGACAUGCUUAUCGAUGCAAUCAUGUCUGAUGCUAGUGGCCUACCACCUGAGCAGGAGACCAAAGAGAAUGUUGUGUCAUUGGAGGAGAGCCAUGUGGAGAGUCCCACAACAGGGGAAGGAUAUGUUUUCAAAUGUGCUUUCUGUGACCAAAUACUGACUUCAAAUGAUGAACCUAAAUUACUUGAGUGUCUACACAAUGCAUGUACUGGGUGCAUCAACAGUAAAAUAUAUGAUCAGUAUGAUGGGGCCAAUAAAAAUGAAAUCGAGUGUCCGUUGUGUUCGAGCAUAUGUAACACGGCGAAUAUGAUCGAUAACCAUUUCCUGCUAGAAACGGCGCCAGAGGAUCAAACCUCCACCAAAUCCUCCAACACGGAACUGAAAUGCAGCAGCUGUAGCGACGAUGCCGUCGCCACCAGCUACUGCACCGACUGUUCCGAAUUCAUCUGCGACAAUUGCGUCCAAGCUCAUCAAAGAUUAAAGAUAACAAAAGACCACACCAUCAAGCCAAAGGAGGAUGGGCUGAGUGAAGCUAACACGGUGUCGAAUGGCGGACCCACGAACAUGUAUUGUUCGACACAUCCACACGAAAAACUAUCACUGUUCUGCGAAAAUUGCGACAAGCUGACGUGCCGCGACUGUCAACUGCAGGAGCACAGGGAACACAAGUACAAAUUCACCACCGAGAUUGCAUCAGAAGCGCGAAAGAAUAUCUCCGAAAUGCUCAAAGACGUCGAUUAUAAACGAGUAUUGCUGGCUAGUGCAAUGAAGGUGAUAGACGAUCGCCAAAAUCUCAUUAUUGACAAAAAACAAGCGCUUGUUCAAGAAAUCACACAGCUAGUCGUCAAAUUAACCAACACAAUAAACGUACGAGGCAAACAGUUGGUCGCCAAACUGACGGAAGUUUGCGACUCGAAACAGAAAACGUUGCAGGAGAAGAAACAAGCUCUAGAACAGCUUUCGAAAAUGACAGAUCACUGUAUCGAUUUUACUAAACAUGCUCUCGACAAAGGCAGUGACAUGGCGUUGUUGUACAGUAAAAAACAAGUCACCGAACAUUUAAAAAGGAUCAAAUGUAAGCGGGCCGACAUUCCUAAUCCUGAGAUACCGGUCCGGAUACAUUUGGCUCUUGAUAAAGUCCCUGAUCUCAUCAAAGUCAUGUCAACAAUCGGUCAGAUCGUGGUGGACGGUAGAAUUUACCCGUCGCAGGCGAUCUCACCAUCGAAUGCGAUUCUACCCCACGCUUCAACAAGUCCGGGCGUGAGUCGACCGCCGCCCCAAUCGCCCUCACCCAUCAGUCCGCUGAUGCAACAGCCGUCGCCCAAUUUCCCGCAGCCACGUCUCCCUGGACCGACUCCGUUCGGCGGCGGCCAGUUUCAAACCGGGCCCCAGUUCCAACAGCAAAGCGGCCAACACAUGAACCAGACAAUGGGUCCUAACAUGCACACCAUGGGUCACAACCAGAACAUGGGCCACAGUAUGGGACAAGGAGCGCCACCCAAUAUGGGACAGGGACCGCCUCAGAAUAUGAGCCCUGCCAUGAACCACAAUCAGUCAAUGUUAGGGUCGAGAUUUCCUCCACAAAUGCAACAUGGUCCGCCACCCGGAAUGCCAAUGGGCUUGGGUCAGCAGAUGAACAUGAACGCGAUGAAUAGGAUGCAAAGACCGCAACAAAGACCUAUCAUGGCUCGUAUGCCCAAUCAGUUCAAUCAGCAGCAACAAGUGUCAUCGUCCACCCACCCGCAUGGUAUGAUGCAGGACCGAAGCAAUCUGCGCCAUCUCCUUCAACCCGCCAACAGCAACGCCAAUCCUGUAUACGUACGCACGGGACCCGACCAGUACCAGGCGGUACAACCUCACAUCGCCCAACAGUUCCAAAACCGUUUUCAAAACGCCAACCAAUAUCGGCCGCAAAACGCUCAGAUGCGCAUGAUACUGGGCAAUCAAAACCGGAUGCCGAUGCAACGGCCCGGUUUCAAUCAACAGACUCAACACCAUCAGCAGCAGCAACAACAACAACAACAACAACAACAACAACAACAGCAGCAGCAACAGCAGCAACAACAACAGAGCGGUUUGAAGUGGCAUACACCGCAACAUAAUAACGGAAAUGCUGGCGGCAUGGGGCUGAAAAGUAACGCAAUGCCAACCAUCAACGAUAACUUUAAAAUCACACUAAGACAGCAAAAUCAUCAGGACACGAAGAACUUGCCGGCUACGGUCACUUCAACCAAUCCAAAAACACCGAGUCCCAAUCACGUGAAAGGGCGUACAGAAACUGAAGUUAGUUUGGAUAAAUUUUGCGAGGAUUCCGUAAACGACUUGAUGGCAACGAUUGCAAAACUUGACUCGAACGGCGUUCAAGUUUUGGCUGAAGGUAGACAAAAAGGAAGUUCCCCACACGUAGACAGCAGUACUGGUGACACGAGUGCCCCAGUAACAGCGAAUAAAAUCAAAUCUGAAAUUACCGAUCCAGGGAAAGACGACCCUAAUGAGGACUGGUGCGCUGUUUGCAUGGAUGGUGGCGAACUGGUCUGCUGCGAUAAGUGUCCCAAGGUCUUCCAUCAGUAUUGUCACAUACCGAAUCUCAGCGUUGAAGAAAACGAUACGUGGCAAUGUUUACUGUGUAUGAACUUUGCGGACAUUCCGCAGGCCAUUUUAGGAGAGAAAAAAGACGGCGAACUUAGUGUAAAAGAACGAAAGAUCGCCGAACGGAUCGUGCUGGAGAUGUAUUGUCAAUAUGACCCCAGUUUACCUUUCAGAGAAAUCAUAUCACCAGAAAACACGGAGUACCAUGCAAUAAUAAAAAAUCCAAUUGCUCUGGACACCAUAAGACAGAAACUGAACUGGGGUUCGGACGGCCAUUACAAGAAUUUGGAGGAGCUCGUUCGAGAUGUGAGACGAAUGUUCAAAAAUGCAUAUACUUUUAAUGCGGCGGAUUCUCAGAUCUACAAUGACGCAAAAACGCUGGAGAAAUUCUUUGAUGAACAACUAGAGAAAUUCCUCCCCGAAUACGCUUACGAAACGUUCGAAGAUGAGGACGACUUCAAUCCGCCUAACAAGAAAUAUCGGAGAAUCAUGACCGAUUGACAAAUUGUUCGUGGGGCGAAUAAUGCUAUUUAUUUUUCCCUUUAGUACAGUUAAACUACGUUAUAACGUACCGUUCGUCCCAUGAACUAAUGCAACACAUUGACACGAAUACACGUAAUAAACAGAGAAAUGACAAAUACGUGUGAGAUUAAAAUAUUUUUAUUAUGUAAUCAAUAUAUCAAUGUACAUUGCAUCGGUUUAUAAGUUACUAUAUAUUUAAAUUAUUUAUACGCGCGUCUACACGAGUAAUGAUGUUCUUGGUGCAGUUAAACAAAAAAUGUAUACGUUCUAUGACUGGCACCUGUUGCAGAAUCACGUGGUUUUAAGAUACGGACUCGAUCGAUCUGAAUACUUACGGAAAGUUUUCGUUUUAGAUAGCAUUCCAGUUGCGUAUUUUUUUAACAUACACAAACGUUUGUUGUAAGAAGAAAACCUUUUCCAUAAGAAAGCACCAAAUUUGUGAUAAAAGAUCAAAAUAUAUUUUACAUGAAAGAAAACGCUUCUAGAAUGAAAACAGAAUUUAAAGUUCCUUUUGAUAAAAUCUGCAUGUAAUAAAAACUGGAGUGAAAUUGUUAUGGAGGAGUAAUUAUUAAUUUUCAGGGUAAUUAUUAUGUCAGCAACUGGUGGCUGAUAAAAAUAUUUUUUUUUUUUUUUCAUUUUCAUUGAAUUUCUGCAUUUAUUUUCUGUAUCUUAAACAGCGAACAUAUAUUAUAGUUUCAAAUAACACAAAGUUAUUUAUUAGACAUUUUUUACUUAGUUACAUAAUUUUAUUGUUAUCAUGUUUUAAUGAUGCGUCUGUUAUUAGAUCCGGGUGUUUUAUUGUUUCCCUUUUAAAGUAGUUAUCAUUUCUAGAUGUCUUUUAGAUUUGACAAAUUUAGAAUCGGUGUUCGAAGUAAUUUAAAGGAAAAUUACAAAUAUAUGACUUUUCUUGAAAUUAUUUCCAAUAUAGAAUUAUCAUCUAUGUAGCUUGUAACACAUAACGCACAUAGGAAAAAUUUAUACGUAAUUUAAUCAUAGUUUAAUUCAAAUAGAUAUUAAAAGAUCUUAUAUAUUUUGUUAUUUACAUAUUUCAGAUUGGUUGGAAAAUCAAGUUGUAAUCUGUACAAAAUAAAAACUAUAUUAUCCAAUUUAA